AUGGAGAAACAGGAGAUCCGCUCGAAGCCGAUCCUGAGCCCGACGCGCUCACUGGACGAGGGCUUCGAGAGUGACCCGGACCGCAUCUCGACCGACUCGGAGCUGGCCACGGCCCAGCCGACGCCGGCUUUCGACGUGCUCCAGCGGACGGACCGCGAUGGGGUGCAGCACACGCAGAUUGCGCGCCGCACCGGACCGUCGUCGGAGUCGGCCGGUGGAAGCGCCUCCCCCCCGAAGGACAGUGGGCCGGAAAGCAUCAUCUGUCUGGAGGGCGAAAUCGAGAAGGAGCUACGGACGAAGCUGGAAAAGACUAGCUUGGGGCGACCCCCGUCUGGCCUGCCGAAACUCGGAGCGGCCAGCGGAACCGGAGCGGCCAGUCAACAGAUGCGCUACCGAAGGAUCAAAACGCGAGCCCCGCCACCACCGAUCGGCUCGUAUAGCUACUACCAGAAGCGGUCCGCCUCGGUGGACUCGGUGAACCGGUCUACCGGCAACGGGUACGGGUUGGCCAGCCACCAACACCCGGACCAGCAUCCGGGCGCAAGCUCGUUGAACCUUCCGCUCGAUCUGGCGACGCCGGUGGUGGCGCCACCGGGCGAUGUCCUGGCCGGGCGCUUUGUCCGCGUGACGGUCGAUCCCCGAACCCACCCGCAGUACCUGCAGCACCUCCACCAACCUGCCUCGCUGAACCAGUACCGGCUGGCGUCGCUCUCGACGAACAACAUCUACAAGUACUGUCACGGACCGACGCUGCCAAUGACAGGCCACUACCACCACCAGCAGCACCAUCAGCAGCAGCAGCAACCCCAGCACCAGCACCUUCCCGUCCAGCACCACCAUUAUCCGCUGCACCACCAUCACCACCAAACGCAACUCGGAGGCUCCGCCGGCACCGGCGGCAACGGCACCGGAGGCAGCAAUCGCAACAAUUUAUACUCAUUACCACCGCAAUACGGAUUAGCGGCGGCCGCCGGUGCCCUCCAGCAACAGCAGCCUCCGCAGCAGCAGCAGCAGGCGCUGCACGGCCCCUCCACGUCCGGGUCGUCCUCGGCGCCGGGGGCCGGCAGCGGCGGCGGCGGCCAGCAGGCAGCCGGCAGGAAUUAUCAACAUUUCAAUCAUGUUCCAGUUUGCUGGACCCAAUCGAUACCCAGACAAACGAGACGAUACAUCACCCCGACGACGCUUCCGCAGGUGAUUGCACCAUCGAGCAAGUCCACCGGCACCGGCAUCUCGCAGAAGCUGCGCGACCUGGCGACCUCGGCCGGCUUGCUGACAGCCAAACCGCGGCCCCCGCUCAAACCGGUCAUCAAGACACGCGGCUCCAACAGUACCGAGUUCCCGAAAAAAGUCACAUUCAGUGCUUUUGCAACCGUGCAGGUUGUUUGA